AUGGCUUGUGUAAGCGAAUUAAUGUCUUCUUACAAUCUUUACUCUGCGAUUUUGGCUCUCAAACUAUUAGGCCUAGCCGCUUUAUCAACUAUACAACCCUUUUGCACUCCCGAUAAGGCUAUUCGCGCGAGUGUAAGUGACUUGAAACAUCUCACACCAUUUUGGGUUAUAGCAGCUGUUUACUUGGCUACAAAUCCGAAUCCAGUUACGGCCUUGACUCUUCUCCGAACGUUCGUCGUGGCCAGAAUUGUGAUUGCCUUGGGCUACGUGCUGCAAGUACCAAGAAAGAUUACAGAUUGCGCAUCUUGCGUAUCUUUUCUUGUGACGGGCUACAUGGGUGGUGCGGUAGUAUAUUAUUACAGAAAUUCAUUGUAA